AUGAGAAAACACACGGUCCUAUACGUCCAGGGAUUGCAUCUAGUCGUCAGAGGCACUGGGAGCAUUAUACAGCGAGUCCGAAUAGGACAUGUCCGAAAUACUAUAGCUGUGCAAGCCAUUCAACCACCAAGUCGUGUGCGUUUAUUCUUGCGAUACUUAACAUUGAUCAACGUAGUGUUUUUUAACUACGUUAUGGUACAGAUUACCCAAUUUCUUUCAUCGUACAAGGAGCCAACUACCUUCCACCCAUCGCGCGCAAUGAUGUCGUUACUUCGUCUCUAUUUACUCGUCCUCGCCAUCUUCAUCGCCACCGCUCUAGCUGUUCCGGCUGUUCCGGCCGUUCCGGAACUCGCGCCCUGGGGCCCAACGGCCGUAUGGUACUACCGUUGUUCGUCUUCCUCCCAGGUUGAGACUAGCUGGAACCUCAAGGACUGGCGUCCAUCGGCUGUGUGUAGGAUGGGGACGUGCUGCUCUAAUCUUGCGCCAUCGCCGCUUUGCACGAUAGAGGCGUGUGACUUGGUGCCGGUGGAGAUAAAGCAGGGGGGUACGAGGCUCUCUGGAUAGGCAGUUGCGAGGUGGUUAGAAGGGUAGGAUAUAUGGAUUGGUGAGGAAGUGGUUGGAUUCUCGAGGGGUGCGAUGUUUUCGUCAGGGAAGUCUCAUUGGAAAUGUUUAAUGUGACGGGGCGUGAUAGACGACAGGGAGGAUCAGAGUGAGAAACUAGACCUAGAUUCGAGGACCUGAAUGUACAGGAAUUACC